AUGGCCGGCGGCAAAUCACUCAAAGAAUCCGCCCAGUCGAAUCCAACAGCCCUGGGAGACCCGGUGUCUCUCAAGGCCGAAAAGUCGAACAACGAACCAACGGAGCAAGAUCGACCGAACAAGGCCGGCAGCGACAAGCAGAGCCUCAAGGACAUCGCCCAGCAGGACCUCAGUGAAGCCAAGAAGGGCAAUCGUUCCAUGCUAGGCGACCCAGUAAGCCUCAAGGCCGAGACAUCCGACGAGGAUCCGGUCAAGAGGGGCGACCGUGGUGACGACCAGAUGGGCAACAUCACCGACAGGAAGGACAGAGAUUCCAAGUUAUAA